AUGCCCGGCAAGACCGGCAAGAAGCUCACGAAGAAGAGAAAGACGACGCCGAUCACGGCCUCGGCGAAAGCGGCGCACGAACAGGAAAGCGGCAAGGUCAAAAUCGCAAAGAAGCGAUGUCAUGGACAGACGCCGCUGCGCAAAGGGCCUCGCCCUACCGAUGCGGAGCGGCGCGUGCGCGCCCUCAAUAAGAAGCUCCGAGAUAUCGAGGCGCUGCAGCAAAGGGCUUCGGAGGGCGACGCCCUCGACGCGCAGCAGCAGGCCAAGCUGGACAGCCUGGGAGAUGUGCUGGCGAAAUUGGAGGAGGCCAUGAGCUAG